AUGCGUACUUACGACGACUCCUUCAGCGGCCAGAAGAUCUACCCUGGCAAGGGCAAGCUGUUCGUCCGUGGCGACAGCAAGAUCUUCCGCUUCCAGCGUGGAAAGUCCGAGUCCCUUUUCCUCCAGCGCAAGAACCCCCGCCGCAUCGCAUGGACUGUUCUCUUCCGUCGCCAGCACCGCAAGGGUAUCUCUGAGGAGGUCGCCAAGAAGCGCACUCGCCGUGUUGUCAAGAACCAGCGUGGUAUCGUUGGUGCUUCCCUCGAUGUGAUCAAGGAGCGCCGCUCCCAGCGCCCCGAGGCCCGUGAGGCUGCUCGCAAGCAGGCCAUCAAGGACGCCAAGGAGAAGAAGGCUGCUUCCGCCAGCGCCAAGAAGGCCGAGAAGGCCAAGACCGCCGCCUCCAAGGGCGGUGCCCAGCGCAUCCAGAGCAAGCAGGGUGCUAAGGGCUCUGCCCCCAAGGUCGCCGCCAAGUCCCGCUAA